GUGUCAUUUGAAGCGUAUAGACUUGUGUGUAUGUAUAUAUGCCAUAUAACGUAAAUUGUGAAUACAAUUUUGUGUGUGUGUAAUAGUAGAUGUCUGUGUCAUAGUCAUAUCUUUAACAUUUGCCGACCAAAAUUCAUUCAAGUGAUACUUGUACAUUGUGAACAUCGACAAAUUCAUUUUACUCUCUUUACUAACGUACACUCUCUUUGAAUAAUAUUCACAGAUUGCAAUGUGUUGUGUUAAAGUGUGUUUUUUUAUCACUUUUACCAAACAAUCCGAGCACAUCAGUCAUUAAAUUUUAGUUUACUCGAGCAGACGUAUUCAAGCAAUAUACAUACGCCGUGUAUAAAAAAAAAUCAUAACACGAAUACGAAUUUGGUUUAAUUCCCGUCCGGUCAAUUCUGUUUACACAAAUAAAUCGAACUGUAUGUUGAAGAUUUGGUGAAGUAAUUUUUUUAUUUUAAGAAACAGUCGCCAAAAACUCCACCAUUGAAAUUAUCGUCGAAAUGAAAUUUCGUAGUUUUUUGGUUUUAUAAACAAUGAACACACAAUUUGUGUAAUAAAAAAAAGUUCAUCAUUUUUACAUUUAUUGAUAACGGUUGAGAAAUGCGUUUCAAUCGAGUGAAAUUAUGUGAGAAAAAGAAAAAAAGCCCUAUUUAAACACAACGCAUAGAUGCUAUUGCAAACAAACGAUAAACUGUUGCUCUUUUCAUUAUACUUUGACAAUCGCUCCCAGUAUUGAUGAUAUUUUGAUGAAACAAAAAAUAUAAUAAAAUAGUGCUAUUAAGAACUCGAAUAAAUCCUUGACGAUUGAUUGUGCGACAACAACGUAGUCUCGAUACACGUGAGAACAAAAAAAGAUUGAAUAAUGGCAUAUGAAGAUCUGUUUAAAUAUAUCGGUGACUUUGGUCGUUAUCAAAAGCGUAUUUAUUUUCUAUUAUGUUUGACGGCAAUACCAUGCGGUUUUCAUAAAUUGGCAAAUGUCUUUUUGAUGGCAAAACCCGAUCAUCGAUGUCAGCUGCCAUUCGAAUCCAUCAAUGCAAAUUACAGCCUUCCCAACGAGACAUGGUAUAUGUCGUACCCAGUCGAUGAAUUCAAUCAUGAAAAGUACUCUGGAUGCGAGCGAUUGGAUGCAAAUUUUACGGAUGAAUAUUUUGCAUCAAAUAGUCCAGUAAACAAGAGCAUAACAUGUGUUUCAUACAUAUUGGAUGAUUCAAAGUACAAAAGUUCAACGGUUAUUGAAUGGAAUAUGAUAUGUGGACGAAAAGCAAUGCGUGCGACGGCCGAUGCUCUAUUUAUGUUGGGUGUGUUACUUGGUAGCAUUGUGUUUGGUCAAAUGUCUGACAAAUAUGGACGAAAACCGGUGUUUUUUGCAUCGCUUGUAUUACAAGUAAUAUUCGGUGUGAUAGCCGGUAUUGCACCCGACUACAUAACAUUUGUGUUGGCACGUUUGGUAGUCGGUGCAACAACAUCGGGUGUAUUUUUGGUAUCGUAUGUACUGGCUAUGGAAAUGGUUGGACAAAGUUAUCGACUAUUUGCCGGUGUUGCUGUUAUGAUGUUUUUCUCGCUUGGUUUCAUUUUGACGGCUGGUUUUGCGUACAUUUUUCGGGAUUGGCGUGAAUUUCAAAUUGCCAUCACAUUACCCGGAUUGGUAUUCAUGUGUUAUUACUGGUUCAUUCCAGAAUCAUCGCGAUGGUUAUUAUCAAAAAAUCGUAAAGAUGAAGCAAUCAAAGUGAUCGAAGCCGUUGCCAAAGAGAAUAAAGCGAUCAUUCCAAAAGAAGUGCUCGACAGCAUUGACGACGAAAUCAAACCAAAACAAAUCGUAAAAGAACCGGAUGUUAAAGAACCAUCAUUGCUUGAUCUGUUUCGUUAUCCAAAUUUGCGUAGGAAGACGCUAUUGAUUUUUUUGGAUUGGUUUGUAAACAGUGCAACAUACUACGGUCUAUCGUGGAAUACCAGCAAUUUGGGUGGCAAUGAUUAUGUGAAUUUUAUUAUAUCGGGCGCCGUUGAAUUUCCCGCCUACACAUUUCUGCUGUUAACGCUCAAUCGAUGGGGACGCCGGAAUAUUUUGUGCGGUUGCAUGUUAGUGGCUGGCACAAUGCUUUUGACCACAAUUCUCAUUCCAAAAGAGCAUGAUACUGCGAUUAUGGUAUUGGCUAUGCUCGGGAAAAUGGCAAUCACUUCAAGCUAUGGAACGGUUUAUGUGUUUACAACUGAACAAUUUCCGACGCCGGUUCGCAAUGUUGGUUUGGGUGCGUCAUCAAUGAUGGCACGUUUCGGCGGCAUUUUAGCACCAUACAUAAAUGUACUCGCCGACUUAUGGAAACCAUUUCCAUUGGUUAUAUUUGGUGUGCUUGCGUUCAUCAGUGGCCUUUUAUCAUUAUAUCUACCAGAAACAUUAAACAAAAAAUUACCAGAAACCAUUGAGGAGGGUGAACGAUUCGGUAAAAAGACGGCGCAUCAAGACGAGGAAAAUGCUGACAAUUUGGAAGAACUGAAAAAAUUAAACCAAACAUCUAAUACCAUUCCAGAAACUCCGGAACUCAUAAAUGGCCAUGCAAAGUUGGACAAUUAAAAAUAUUCUUCUUCUUUUUUUUUUACUUGACCAUCAAUUUUUAUAUAAAUUUCAUAUAAUAUUUUUUAUCAAAUCUAAAAAUGAUGAGAAAAAAA